AUGGCCUCCACCACAAACAAAGUAUACGUCGUGACAGGCGCAAACAGAGGCCUCGGUCUUGGACUCACCAAACGGUUACUAGAACGCCCUGCCACCACCAUCGUGGCCUCAGUGCGCAGCCACGAUGCAGCCACAAACCUCAUGUCAGAAAUUGAAGGUACUACUAUUGGCAAAAAUAGUGCCCUUCAUAUCAUUGAGCUGGAUUUUUCAACCGCAAAAUCUCCCGAAGAGAUUACACAGGCCUUCGCUGCAGUUAGUACAGUGACGCAUAUCGACGUGCUCAUCUGCAAUGCCGGAUUCGCAACACCCAUGACUCUCGCCUCAGUAACUUCAGCAGAAGACCUCCGUAAAUCGUUUGAAGUCAAUACCAUCGCUCCACUUCUUGUGUUCCAGGCCUUCUGGCCACUUAUGCAGAGGUCAGCCUCUGCGCCCAAGCUCGCGGUCAUCUCCUCCUCCGUCGGUUCAAUUGCUGGGCAGGAGCCUGUCCCUGGUGGGGCAUAUGGCCCUAGUAAAGCAGCCUCAAAUUGGCUUACCAAGGCUCUUCAUGUUGAAAAUGAGAAAAAUGGCUUGGUUGUGUUUGCUCUGCAUCCUGGUUGGGUACAGACGCGCGCGGGGGAAUUUGUUGCAAAGGAGUGGGGGUAUCCUAGUAGCCCGCCGGUGACUGUUGAGGAUAGUGUCAAAGGAAUGCUCAGUAUUAUUGAUAGUGCUACGAGGGACAAUAUGUCAGGAAAGUUCGUAUCGCUAACUGGCGAUAUUUUGUUGUGGUAA